AUGACGACGAAUUUCACAGAGUACAACGACAUCAGCGUCGGCGACAUGGUAACGAUGGUUUUCGAAGUGAUACUUAUGGCAUUCAUCUGUACUGUCAAUAGUUUGACUCUGAUUGUAGUUAGUCUAAACCGGAGUUUGUGGACUGUGCCUAACAUGUAUAUUAUAUCGCUAGCCGUUGCGGAUUUGUUAUCAGGUCUAUCCCUCGCUUACCAAAUGGUGUUCCACAUACCAGGGAUAAAAUUGGAGUUUGAUCAGAACAAGUAUCUUUGUCUGUUCAGACAUGUGCUUUUCUUUGUGAUGCUUGGGGCUUCAAUUUUGAACAUGGUUCUUAUUGCUAUAGACAGAUGGGCGUGUAUAACAUUUCCUUUCGCAUACGAACGUUUGGCGACAAUACCAAAGGCAGGAAUACUUAUUGGGCUUACCUGGAUUUUUGCAAUAUUUCUCGGAUCAAUUCCACUAUACGUGAAUCACUGGAAAACCGACGUGCGUUGUCGGUUUUUCAAAGUACUCACCAUGGAAUACCAAACAUACACUCAAGGAGGGUUCUUUGUUGUGUGUUCAAUAAUCAUCGCAGCUUGCUAUGCUCAUAUAUUUCAUACCGCCAAUCGAGAAAGGAAAGCCAUUCUCCACAUAACCAUGAUAACACACACACUAACCCACGAAAGGAGAAGGGCCAAAUUCAAGAGAGACUGGGAGCUGGUCGUCAUGUUUAGUGUUGUCUUUGGAGUCUUCUUCCUCUGCUGCACGCCGGCUUUCAUCUUCAUAAUUAUAACAUACACCGCAGGAGUUUCAGAAUCGGUUAACAGCUUCACCAUCCCACUUCUUGUGAUGAACUCUGGGAUGAACUUCAUAAUAUAUGUGGUGAAAAACUCGCAGUUUCGAAGGGCGCUAAAAGCCACGUGUUUCUGUCGCCGAACAUCAGUAGUUGGUACUGUAUGA